AUGGCUAAUUUCUUCAGAACUAUCCUCCGUCAGAGACCGACUAAUUUGCUCAUCAAAAGAUGGGAAACAACCGAAAAACGUGUAAUCGUACAUGAUCCGUUUGAUAACAAACCUAAGAAAAAUAAAGAAUCAUAUUUGCAAGUGAUUAAAAUCUUUGAAGGCAGAGAUCAAAGAAGACGUGGUCAUGUGGAGUUUAUUUAUGCUGCCCUAGGGCGUAUGAAAGAAUUUGGAGUACACAGAGACUUAGAAGUUUAUAAAGCAUUAAUAGAAGUUUUACCAAAGGGAAAAUUUAUACCAACAAAUAUAUUUCAAGCAGAAUUUAUGCAUUAUCCUAAGCAACAACAAUGUGCUGUUGAUCUUUUAGAACAAAUGGAAAAUAAUGGAGUUAUGCCCGAUAUUGAAAUGGAACAAAUGCUCUUGAACACUUAUGGUAGAAGAGGUAUACCAUUAAGAAAAUAUUGGAGGAUGAUGUAUUGGAUGCCCAAAUUUAAAAACCUUAGUCCUUGGUUUCUUCCUGAUAAACUACCAGAUGAUACUUUAGAACUUGCAAAGCUUGCAAUACAGAGAAUAACUUCAGUUGAUCCUGAUACAAAAAUAAGCAUUUGGCAGACAGAAGAAAUAGAAGCCGCAUUAGAUAAGACUUGGGUCGUGAGUGGACAAAGUAGACUGCAACAACUUCUUUUGGCUAAGCAACCUAUAGAUGAACCUCUUGUUAUUAAAGGCCCAUACAAUGUCUACUUACGAGAUCAAAAUGUGACUUACUUCACAUUACUAGGCAAGAUACGUGAUGAGGAAAAGGAUAAUACUGAUUGGGAUGACGUGUCAAAAAUUGAAAAACCCAUUGGGAUACCUGGGUUUAUUGGUAAAACAACACUACCUUCUAUUAAAUGUACAGUGCAUGAACAAGACGAUGGCACUGUUCUUGCAAUUUGUGCUACAGGGUCUUCUUCUAGAGACUCGCUGCUUUCAUGGAUAAGAUUGUUAGAAAAACAUGACAAUCCCGUGUUAGCUAAUGUACCUGUGAUAUUUACACUCAUAGCACCAGCGACAGACAUCUCAUUGUUAGAAAAACAUCCCACUGUACAAGACGAUGACAAUAUAGAUAGGGCAGGGUAA